GUGUUGUGCUGCUCUGUUUACAAAAUAUCAGCUCUAACCUCACAAUUAAGAAUUUUUACGAAUUUUUCAAAUAAUAUGUGCGAAAUAACUACAGACAAUUUCGAAGACAAGUUUCCUGAAAUCAAAAAUGCUUUAGAAAAAUCUAAAUUUAUAAGCAUUGAUCUUGAAUUUAGUGCUUUAUAUCCAUUGAAAAAUCAUGCUCCAAGCUUAUUUGAUUCUCCUGUGGAAAGGUACAGCAAAUUAAGGAGAAAUAUUGAGCAUGUAAUACCCAUUCAAGUUGGACUCACAGCUUUCAGCUUUGAUGGAGACAGAAAUAGUUAUCUUGGUACUAUAUUCAAUUUUUAUGUAGUACCUGCAUCGUUCCCGUCUAUUCAAAAAACUUUCAUGUUUCAGUCUGAUACAAUAAGUUUUUUGAGGUUCUAUGAUUUUGAUUUUAAUAAGUUUGCUUAUUCAGGAGUUCCUUUUAUCAACAGAACACAAGAAGAAGACUUGAGAAAAAGGCUAAAAAAUAAUGACAUAACAGAUAUUCAUAGUAAUUUCAAAUCUGAACUAGAACACAUCCACAGGGUUGAAGGAGAACAAAUACAAAAUUGGUAUAGCAAAGCAAAAGAGGGUGAUGAACUGUCCAUACCUACAAUUUAUGACAAAUUCAAGAACAACUAUGAAAUACUUUAUUUUUUGCAUAAAAACUAUAGAAGAAGGUUUCAUGAUUUAUGGACUGCAGUUGAGAAUGGAGCAUUUGUGAUUAGAAAACUUCCCACGGCAGAAAUCAGGAAAUUAGAAAUUACCCAAAGCAUUGAAGAAGAACUUAUAUCAAAUCUUCUUGGUUUCACCAAAGUUUUCAGAUUAUUAACAACUCUUGGUAAACCCAUAAUUGGUCACAACUCAGUUCAAGAUAUACUAUUAUUGAUCGAAAGUUUUGAAGCUCCUCUACCUCAUUCCUAUAGGCAAUUCAAAAAGCUUACCACAAGCUUAUUUCCGACUAUCUUUGAUACCAAGCAUAUUGCUUACGAACUAAAAUCUUCAGUUCAGGAAGACAAGCAAUGGAAUGAUAAAGGUUUAGAAUCAUUGUUUGACUACUUCAAAAAUGGCACCGGUAGGCACCUAGCUGUGAAUUCUCCUGCCAUAGAAGUCCAGGAUGACAAGUCUUUUGGGAAGUACCAUGAGGCUGGAUGGGACUCAUUUUGUUCUGGAUAUAUUUUCAUCAGACUAGCAUAUCUCAAUGUCUAUCGAAAAUAUCCCAAAUCCAAGAAUUUUGUUAGCUGUGAGCUCAUUGCUGGACUUUCAGAGUACAAAAAUAAAGUUAAUGUGAUAAGAGGAUCAGUGUCUUAUAUGAGACUUGAUGAUGCCGACCCAGUGUCGAAUAGACCGCCAUUCUUAGUGAUAGAAUCUGUCGACAAUAAACCUGUUAGCAUACCACAGGUUUCAUCAAUUUUGAGUUCCUUUGGAUUCGUUGAAAUCAGGAAAUUUCCAUAUCAAAGAAAAAGGGCUUUGGUGGCAGUCGAUAAUUUUGGCAAUGCCAGACGAAUAUUGAAUAAUUUCAAGUCGCAUGACAAAUUUCACGUCAGUCAGUAUAGCACCAUAAGGCAUUCUUCCUUAGUUCGAUCCUGUAUAUUAGGUGGCAUUACCAUGUCAGGAGUCCUUUUAAUAUGGAUCACACAUUCAGUGAUGAAGAAAUAGUACAAAGAAUAUUAAAAAAAACAAUAAUUUUAAGCAGUAUCACCCAAAUCUAUAUUUAUCUUAGUGAAAAUGAAAUUACUGAACGUAACAUUUGAAAUUAUAAAAUGUGACAAAUCAAAUAAUAGGAGAUUUCUUAAUUUUAAUAAAUUGAUGGAGAGCUGAA